AUGCUCUCGGGAAAUUUAGGUCAAAUUGUUGUUGAUGGCACAGGCCCUAUCUCUCUCUGUCCAAAACAUGUUAUUCGUCAUAUCAAAGAUCAAAGUAUCAUACGUGAACUUGCCUUACAUUCUUCACUAAAAGUAUUUAUUCGUGGUGCAACAUCGCCGCAUCUUGAAUCUGGUGUAUUAUUACCCUACACAGAGAUAUGUACAAAUCCGUUAGAAAGAUUAUCUUCAACAAAUUUACUACUAUACACAUCAUUUUCUAAUGAUAAUAUUCGCAUGCUAUUACGUUCAGCCGUUGAAAAUGGUGUUCAAAGUUUUCAUUAUGCUAUUCAAGAUUUCAAAACUACUUAUUCAAAAACGUACGUGAAACAAUUAGAUAAACCCGAUACAAAUAAUAAUACGUUGUUAUGGUAUUUGGCUGUAGCUAAACAAUAUGAAUGUAUCCAAGAAUUGCAUAAGUAUGUAUCAAAGAUUAAUGUCAAUUGUGUAAAUGGAUCAUAUCAACAAACUAUUCUUCAUUAUAUAACGUCAACAGGCACUCUGGAAGGACUUAAUAUUGCCUUGCAAAUUGGUGUUAAUACAAGUAUUAAAGAUUGUCUAGGGAGAACCGCUCUACACUAUGUUACAUUAUGUAGAGAAGAGACAAGCAGCGUAGAUGUAGCAAAAAUUUUAAUCGAAAAUGGAACAUCACCAAGUGACUAUGAUUAUAUGCGUCAAACUUGUCUACAUUUUGCAUUGAUGAAAGAAAAAUAUGAUUUAGUUGAAUAUUUAUUAACAUUGGACAAUGUAAAUAUAUGUACACGUAAUAAACAUGGUUAUACAUCACUGGGAUACUUAUGUGAACAAUUGCUAUCAAUACCAGAUAUUUACAUUGAGAAAAACAUUGGCAAUAGUCAAAAAUUAAAUCGGUUACUAUCGAUUAUUGAUAUAUUUGUUGAACGAUAUCCAAAAGAUGAACUGUGGCAAGCAUUUCACAUUUACAACGAUUGUGAUCCAGAUAAAACUUGCAGAAGAACAUUAGAAAAGUCAUUGACAUCGGAAAAUAAUGUAAAAGAUUUAUUUGGAGAAAAUUUACUAAUGCGUUUAUAUUCAAAGUUACUUUAUUGUAAACAAACAAAUAUUUUAAUAAAAUUAGGAACAAUAUUGAAUAUUCAUAAUGAUAACUAUUGUCAUAAUGAUCGAAAAUUAUUUGUGCAACGUUUAUUAGAGCUAAGAUUGUGGGAAUUAGGUAUUCAUUAUCUAUGUGAUACCGAUGGUGUUAAUUUACAAAAAGUGUUAACCUAUUUUGUUGCCUAUGAUCCACAUGCUGUAAAUUCAUCUAAAAAUACUCAUGAUUUAUCAUUAGUUUGCAUAUGUUUAUUUUAUGCUCUGGUCACACUCACUUUUUCGUUCUCAUUUGAAAACAUCGUUCCAAUCUCUUCAUUUAUUAAACAACAGAAAUCAUACUAUUAUCAUUUAAUUCAUACUAAAACAACUAUAGCCGAAGACUCUGUUCAAUAUCCACAUACUUUGCCAGCUUCAAAUCAGUUUAAUCGAUCUUUGGAUAUGUCGAAUCAUCAACAAUUCCCUAGUAUUCCACAACGAUUGUCAGGUAAACAACGAGACACAUUCACACAUCAUGCGACACAUAAGAAAAAACCAUCAUCGGAAGAACAAUCUCCAUCAGUCGAUAUAAACACUAUAAAUGUUGUUAGAGAUCAAAAAAAUGAGAGUAGCAGAAAUUUGAAAAUUAUUCCAUCAUUAAGUGGUGGGUCAGACAUUACAGAUCAAAUACAAAUGUUAGAUUCUACACACAGUAUCGAUAAGAAAAAAUAUUAUAAGACGAUUAAAGUUCCAAAUAAAAUUCGUGACUCAAUUACUUUUUCACCCAAAUGUGAUUGGUAUAUGACAAAUAAUGUUAUGCAUAGUCAAUAUGUGACUAUUGCUCACACUUGUUUACAUUAUGCUAUUUUUAACGUUUUUUCAUUGAAACAAUGUUGUCGUUUUACAAUUCGAAAAUUAUUAUGUACAAAUAUUCUACAAAAAGUAUCUAAAUUCUAUGAUAUGUUAUCACCACAACUCAUUCUAUAUUUGAAAUAUCAUGAAAUUUUAUUAUUGUAUCCAAGAACACGAAAAAAAUUAAAUUUACAAUUAGUAUUUUAUCUUAUAAAACGCUUAUAUAAUAUACAAAAUUCAUUUGAAGAAGAUAUGUUUGGAAAUUGGAGUAUGGAUGUUAAAUUUCCAAGUUGGAUGAAACAAGAGGAAGAGGAUAUUGAACAAAAUGUUAGAGAUAUUGAUGAGCGUGAGACAGACGAAAAAAGAGACAGAGAAACACGUAUAUCCUCAGUGGAGUCAGUGACGUCAUUUGAAAGUUUCCAUGUGGAUAUUCCUGUAACACAAGUUAGUUUACCACCUGAAGAAUGUCGAGAACAAUCUAUUGUUGAAUUUACAUUAGCGAAAGAAGAAUCCAACUUUGAUACAUUUGCUUCCCUUAAAUUAUCAGCAUCGGAAAUAUCGUACUCAUUAAAGCUUGAUGUAUUGGAAAAAGAAAAGGGGAAAAUAGCAACAACAGAUCUGUUACCCGAUGUACCAUCACCAAAAAGUGCCUCGGUAUACGAUGACCAACAAUCAUUGGUAACCGAUAAUGAGAUUGAAGAUAAAUAUGACAGACGCGAUAAAAUCAUAACUAAAAUAACAGCAAGAAACGCAGAGCGCGAGCCUGUACGAAAAACUUUAGAAGACGAACCUAGCAGACAACCACUAAUACAAAAGGAAAAGACAUUGCGGAAAUCGUUAGAUAUAGCACUAAAAGAUUUGGAAAAAGAUGCGACAAUGAUUGAAGGCUUGUUAGCUAAAUUUUUAAAGAGUGAUGAAGAACAGAUGCAACAAGACAUAAUAUCAACGCCAAAUACAAAAUCUGAGAGAUAA